UUUUUUGCGCGAUCUUCACGGCAUCUUGGGAAUGCGGUAGCCUCCUCCAGUGAGCUUGCCUUGCUUCAGCAACCCUGGGGUCUCCGUAAUGUUCCGAGGGGGCCGUUGCUAGGAAUUCCUCCUCGUGUCGGUGGAAGGUACCAACGCAAAAACACCUGUCGGCGCCAAAGCAGCCACCAUACAGGUGUAUUUUUAUAAAUUGCUCUCAGAGGCUUCGGAGCAGUAAGGACUCCGUUCGUGACUUUAAGUUGCCCUGCUCUGUGAAGGUGCAAGUGAAGAACCGCUAGUCAGAUUCCGGGAAUAAACUCUAUAACUGCACAAAGAUGACUAAGUAAGAGAAUGUCCUCUGGCUACUGUCUCAUUUUGGUGAGCAGAUUAGGAGCUUUUGUUUUUCUCCAUUUUAUGAAGUCAUUGUAACACUGCAUGCAAACAUCCUGAGUAUGUUCAUAGACAUGCUUUAGAGAUUACAAGAACGUGUAGAAUAGCCACCAUGGGUCCUACUCAGCUUGUCACACAGAACCAUGGGAAGAAGACAAGUGUUUUUAACAUGGAGGAAAAAGUAUUUGCACUUUUCCAGAAUUCAGAGAUUCCCUCUGAACCUAUAGAAAAUCCUCCACUGAAAAGGAAGAAGGGGCCAGCCCCCAAGAUGCUAGGAAAUGAGGUGUGCAGCGUAUGUGGGGACAAAGCCUCUGGCUUCCAUUACAAUGUCCUGAGUUGCGAGGGCUGCAAAGGUUUUUUCCGACGUAGUGUGAUCAAAGGGGCCCAAUAUAUCUGCAAGAACAGUGGCAGAUGUGAGAUGGAUACGUACAUGCGCCGGAAAUGUCAGGAGUGUCGGUUACGCAAGUGCUAUGAAGCAGGCAUGCGAGAGCAAUGUGUUCUCUCUGAAGAGCAAAUCCAGCUGAAGAAACUUAAGAAGCAGGAAGAUGAUCAAGCCCGGAUAAUAGCUGUGCGUCAGAACCCACCAUCUCCUCCAAGCACCCCUCCCAAAAUGACACCAGAGCAGCUUGUUAUGAUAGAAAAACUUGUUGCAGCUCAACAGCAGUGUAAUCAACGGUCUUUCACAGAUAGGCUCAAAGUGACGCCAUGGCCUCAGAUUUCAGAUCCUCUUCAUCGUGAAGCACGACAACAGCGCUUUGCUCAUUUCACAGAGCUUGCCAUCAUUUCUGUGCAGGAAAUUGUGGACUUUGCCAAACAGUUGCCAGGUUUCUUGGAACUCACUAGAGAAGACCAAAUUGCUCUUUUGAAGACUUCUACAAUAGAAGUGAUGCUGUUGGAGACAUCUAGGCGCUACAAUCCAGAAACUGAAAGCAUAACUUUUUUGAAAGAUUUAAGUUACAAUCGGGAUGAUUUUUCCAAGGCUGGCCUACAAAUUGAGUUUAUUAAUCCCAUUUUUGGAUUUUCAAAGAGAAUGAAUGAACUGCAUCUCAAUGAUGCUGAGUAUGCACUUUUAAUUGCCAUCAGCAUUUUUUCUGCAGAUCGACCAAAUGUUCAAGAUCAAACUCUGGUAGAAAAGUUGCAGCAUACCUAUGUAGAAGCCCUUCACUCAUAUAUAUGUAUUCAUAGGCCAAAUGAUCAUCUAAUGUUCCCACGGAUGUUAAUGAAACUGGUCAGCCUUCGGACUUUAAGUAGUGUUCAUUCUGAACAAGUGUUUGCUCUUCGGCUACAGGACAAAAAGCUACCACCACUUCUUUCAGAGAUCUGGGAUGUCAAUGAAUGAGUAUACUAUCUAAGGACAGUGAGCGAUUACACUGAUUAUCUUUUGCAAAUAAAAACUAUUCUCCUUUAUCAAAAGCAUUGAAGCAAUGCAGAAGACUGUGAUUUCUUUGCUCGGAUGAAAUAUAUACAGUAUAUAAAAAACAAAUGAGAAGGAUGAAAUGAUGUUUUAGUCACUAUUUUCCAAAAUGGAACUGAAAGACUUAACACAGAAGAGUAAAAGAAUACCCUCUAAUAAUUUUUCAGGUGGUUUUCUUUAAUGAGGACCCGGUUUGUGGGGACAAUAAGCCGACUUUGUAUAAAAAAGAACACCGCUUCGGUGGGGGGGCCGAAAGCCCUACUAAGCAGGUAUAUACAAAAGUAUGAAGGCUAUUGCUUAACACAUUGUAAGCCGCCCUGAGUCUCCGGAAAAGGGUGGCAUAUAAAUUGAACCAAUAAAUAAAUAAACAAUAAAUAAAAAAAAAAAACCCUUUUUUCAUAUUUAAUUUCAAGGCCACCAUCCAGACGUAUAGAAUCUUCUUGGGAAUUUUAGAGGCAAGCUUCCUUGUGUAUCUUUUCUUUUUUGAUCCCCUAGGUUGUAUGUAGCUAAAAUAUGUUAACAUUCAAAACAAUUAAUAGAGAGCUGGAUAGACUGUAUGUAGCUUAGGUGCCUUUUUGUGGACUUUUCAGAAGCAUCACUUUGGAUAUACUGUAGUUAUACUAUUGAAAUCUCUUAGGACCUUUUGUAAUAUUUCUGUUCUCCAUCCCACGAUCAGAAAUACAGCCAUUGCUGAUAUAUACUGAUACAAUAACAAGGAAGACAUGAUUUUUAUUAUAUGAAACUCCUUUGAAUAUGGAGAUGUGCAUCACACAUCCAUAUAAUCUAGAUGAUUGCCGCUCAAUAUGUUUUCUAUACAGUACAAAAUGUACCAUAUUGGAUUAUUACAAAGUACAUAUAAGAUUACCACCUUUCUCUUUUAUUCAUCUGUGCAUUAAGAGACAAAUCUAAAUAAUGGCCAAUUAUGGUUAAACAUUUUCUUAUCUCCCCUCUACUAGUUCUUUACUUCAAAUUUUCCCCUUCUCUGACAAAACAUUUAGAUGGAAAUAGAAGUUGGUAUCUGCUGUAAAUCACUUUGCCAGAAAUGAUGAUGCAUACAUCAUGAUGCAGUCCUGGCCUUUCAUAGUUGGUCCCAAUGUUGGAUAGUACUUAAAUCGUAUGUUUUGCAUCAUAUCAUGAUACACCUAUUGUCAAUUGCCUCCCUGGAUGGAUGCCUAUAGUGGGAAAUUUCUUAAAUGCUGCCUUUGGAUAACUUCAGGAAGGAAAAGAACCCAGUUUAUGUAUGAUUCAAAUUUUUUUGUGUACUGAGGAUGUGAUGGCCAAAUUUAUAUCCUUCCAUCCCUAAUUAAACAUGUUCAAUUGUUUCAUGAUGGCCCAUAUAUUCACAAAGAGUUUAGUGUUUACAGCCUAAACCUCAGGAAUGAGUGGAGUUUAACUUAUUGAUGCAAGUGGAUUUAGGCAUAAAUAUGCUUUCCUAGAAAUAGUUGCUAAUGGAAUAAAUAACUUGAAAAGUAUACACCAACACUUGCCAGGAUAUCUGAUAGCAGAAAUUAUAUCUGACAUUUAUUGGUACACUAAUAGUGCUUGCUUCUUUCAGCAUUUAAAUUGGCUUUCUUUGCAGAGGUGUUAGAAAUUAGGUCCUUGAACUAGUAUAAUUACUAUGUAGCAAGUGCCGUAUUUGUGAUGUCAGCUUUAUGACUAUUUUGCACAUGAGAUUACUCUGCUUGUAUUGGCCUUAACCUGAGAAAGCACAUAUAUAACAAUUUACCAUGUUGUAAUGACCCUUUGCAAUUACCGAACUUCUUGGGUUUAAUCCCACAUUUUCUAAUCACCACUUCUCAAAAAAUGUAAUUUUAUGUAAAAGAAUAAAAUCUAAUAAGAAAAAACUGUCUG